AGGCAGAAGUGGAGAAGGAACUCAGUCGACGUGUUCAGUUUUCUGGAGCUGCUGUCGACAGCGAGGCUCGUUAGCUUCAGUUGCUAACCGAGGAAGCCAUGAGUCAACUGUCCGAUAUGAUCGAAGCUCUGUUCCACCAAGGUCAGUUUGAUGCACCUGAUCAGGAGCUGGUGGUGGUGAGCCAGUCCUGCUCAGUGGAGACCAGGGAGCCUGGUGACAUGGACCUUCAGCCCUUCACAGAGGAAGUUGCCCCCCGCCAGCCACGGCCGCUCCUCUCUUCAGCCGCUCCUCCGUCGCUCCCUGAAGCAGGUCACUUCUCCACCUCCAACGCAGACGGCGGUCAGAGGGAGGCACGUGGAGCCACGCAGGAGAACAUGGACCCUGUUCACAAGCGUCGUCUGCGUCUCGCCGCUCGCCUCCGUCCCCAGAGUCAAGCUUUAAAAGACAGCAACAAGAAGCUCACAGCAAACAAAGCAGAUCAAGGUUGUUGUGUUCAUCCUGGCCCUCAGACGACUGGGCUGAGUCUUCGGAAGGAGAGACACAACAAGAAGGAGAGGCAGCGCAGGGUGAUCAUCCGUUCAUGUUGCGACAAACUCAAUCUCCUGGUGCCGUUCUGUACCAAGUUUUCCGACAAAGCCACGACUCUGAAGUGGACCACAGCUUACCUGGAGCACCUGCAAGACACCUACGGAGACGCGCUCAGAAAGGAGUUUGAGACGAUCUUCGAUGAGAGUGUGGACCCCACUGAGCGAUCCACGCUCUGGACAGUUGUGGUUCUGCUGGAGGCUCUGGUCAGGAUCCUCAGCUGCUGUGGAGCGACGGCCAUGAAGGAACAACUGUCUUGUUUGAAUAAACUGACUGGCUCUCUGCUGACUUGGAGAGCAGCCAAUGAGACUGGUGAUGGAGCGCUGCUGUGCCUAUGGUUCGCCUGCAGGGGGAGCAGUGUUGUGACUCACCAUUCUCUCUACACUCAGCUCCUGCGGAUGCUGGAAGAGGUCGGGGACCAGUUUGGAGCCAUGAAAGUUAAAGUCAUCAAAAAUCUUUGCUGACUUGGAAGGUUCCAAUUCUGAUUUGCUCUGUUGUUUGGCACCGUGUCCCUCAGAACCAGACCCGACCUUCUUGUUGUCACUUCAGAACCCGACUCCGACCUUCAUGUUGUAGCAGAAGACAGCGAGUUUGGUGCUGGAACAUAGGAAAGGUGAACUGCAGUACAAUGGUCAGGAAAGUCCAAGUGCUCUGUGAGUUUCCAUGGCAACGUGUCUUCCUCCGGAAGCUACUGGAACCUGCGCCAACAUUUGGGACCAUGGCACGAUCUUUCUGCGGGGAUAACCAAGUCACUUGAAGCCAGCAACUGGAUGUGUCAUGAAAGGUACCUUCACACUGAGGCGUGCUGCUCCAAGUGCCAUCUUUAGUGCACCAGACGUCCCUCGACCCGACUAUGACGCCCACACUGCAGUGAUACCGCACCACGGUCCUGUACAUGUACGGAGGCUCCGGAGCACCGUCGUGCUCUGCGUUGGCCACCACUGGAGGCUUGUCACACUGCACCGCUGAAACAUCAUGCACUUCAAAUAAACAGCCAGGUGGGGGUCAAAGGU